AUGGUCGCCUCGCGCGCCCCAACCGCCCGCCGGGUGGUGGUCGGGACCGUGAUGUGUGCGGUGAUCGGCCUUCAGCUCUACCGCCAGGGAUCGGGCACGACUCGCCUGUACCAGGGCAUCAGCAGCGUGUCUGUGGACUCCGGAGCCGGCUUGCCACCAGAGGAGACAGAGGCGGUGGGGCUCGCCACGGCAGCAUCAGCGCCGGCCGCGUUGCCGCCGCCGAAGCCAGCGGCCGCCGCCAAGGACAUCGUCAGCAGAGGCGCUGCUGCGAAAUUGACAGCGUCUCCCCCAACGCCGGCUCAUGCAGUGCCGAUGGCAUCGCCGCCGCCGCCGUGCCUCUCUCGAUCGUGCACAAAGAGGCUCAGCGCGCUCGAGCCUGCGUGGGUGGAUCUGAGGUACAUUAUGCCCGCCUAUUGCAAUCCUCCUGGGCAGCCCUCGGUAGUGAACCGGCACGCCAAAUGGCCAUCGCUUGAACGGAUCGAGGCAGCAGACGUGCACGUGCACGCGCUGCCAAAGGCGGCCCUCGGCGACAUUGUCAAGCGGCUUCCUAACCGCACCUUUAUGCUCAUGGGCGACUCGGUGAUGGAACAGUUCUACAACGCUGUUCAGUGCUUUUUGCGGCGCGAGGCGCUUGAGGAGCCUCCCGACGCCGACUUCCGCGCAUUCAUCAAGAGGAACGCGGGUUGCGGGGCGAGCGAGUCUUCGAACGAGCCGCUCUGGAAGAUGGGCAAGCGCAAGAUGCCUCCCAAGCUGCCCCAGCAGACCAAGAAUGGCAUGCGCAUGCUUUUCGCGCGAGCGGUCGGUUAUGAGCCUGAAGACUUGACGGCGGCGAUGGCGACGGCCAAUGCGCUAGCAGCCUGUCGCGACUUGGCAACUCGCUCAAUCUCUCUCUCCAACACGGGGCCUCCUCACUAG